UUCUGAGAGAGGCAGUGUCAUUAGUUCAGAGUCAGUCUUAGAGAGUUCAAUUUUGAGAGAUGGAGAGCUCAUAUUGCCAACUCCUGCUAGUUGCAGUACUCAUAGUUGCACUGCCAGUUUCGUCUUCGUCGUUGUCGUCGUCGUCGUCAGUCACCACAAAGCGUUUUCGGUUCAGUGUGGAGUGGAAGACUGUGACGAGACUUUGCCAUACAAAGCCAGUUCUGACAGUGAACGGCAAGUAUCCAGGGCCAACUAUUGCUGUGAAUGAAGGGGACAACGUCCAAGUGAUUGUCACUAAUAGAGUUGCCAGGAACACUACCAUCCAUUGGCACGGAAUAAGGCAGCUAAGAACAGGAUGGGCAGAUGGCCCGGCGUACGUAACACAGUGCCCCAUCGGAGGAGGCAAAUCCUAUACUUACAACUUCACAGUUGUGGAUCAGCGGGGAACUCUUUGGUGGCACGCUCAUUUCGCAUGGCAACGUGCUUCUGUCUACGGCGCUUUCAUCAUUUACCCGCGCAUGCCUUUCCCAUUCUCACCUCCUAUCCACUCCCAUUUUCCUAUCAUCUUUGGUGAAUGGUGGAAUAGAGACGUUGAAGUAGUUGAACGCGAGAUGAUGUUAUACGGCGGAGGACCUAAUGCUUCAGAUGCAUACACCAUCAAUGGUCUGCCUGGCCCCUUGUACCCUUGUUCCACCAAAGAUACAUUCAUCAAGACCGUUGAAGCUGGAAAAACCUACUUGCUAAGGAUCAUAAACGCAGCGUUAAACGACGAGCUCUUCUUUGCCGUAGCAAAUCACAAUUUAACUGUGGUCGAGAUUGAUGCAGUUUACACAAAGCCCUUCACAACAUCAGCCAUAAUGAUCACUCCUGGACAGACCACCAAUGUUUUGUUAACAACAGAUCAAGUCCCUGAUUCCACUGGCAUGUUUGCUAUGGCUGCAAGGCCUUAUCUCACUUCAGUUUUCCCAUUUGACAAUUCCACCACCAUUGGAUUCUUGAAGUACAAAGCCACCAGAAACACAAAAUUUGAAAGAAACAAGCCCCCAAUGCCUCCUUACGCACUACCAAAGAAUCUCCCUGCAAUGGAAGACACCCCAUUUGCCGCACAGUUCUCCAACAAUCUCCGCAGCCUUGUAUCUAAAGAUUACCCGUGCAACGUGCCACAAAAGAUUGACAAACGAGUCGUUACAACAAUAAGUCUGAACCUUCAAGACUGCCCUGUUAAUCAAACUUGCCAAGGUUAUCUAGGCAAAAGGUUUUACGCUUCCAUGAACAACCAUUCGUUCGUUCGCCCUUCUUUGUCCAUCCUUGAAUCCCACUACCAUAACCUCAAGACUGAAUUUUCAUCCGAUUUCCCUGAGAAGCCACCGUAUGUCUUUAACUACACUGGCAUAAAUCCUGUGACGGAGAAUAUGAACACACAGUUCGGCACUAAAGUACUCGAAGUGCCUUUUGGCACGAGACUGGAAAUCGUGCUCCAAGACACCAACUUCUUGAAUCCUGAGAACCAUCCUAUCCAUGUUCACGGCCACAACUUCUUCAUUGUGGGAAGAGGGUUCGGGAACUUUGAUGUUGCAAAGGAUCCAAAGGGAUACAAUCUUGUCGAUCCUCCAGAGAGAAACACCGUAGCCGUUCCAAUGGGGGGAUGGGCAGCCAUUAGGCUUAAUGCCGAUAAUCCAGGGGUGUGGUUCAUCCAUUGCCAUCUUGAGGAACAUACAUCAUGGGGUUUGGCUAUGGGUUUCAUAGUGAAAAGUGGAAAAGAGCCUUAUCAGUGUUUGCUUCCUCCUCCAAGUGAUCUGCCCCCUUGUUGAUCAGUUUGUAGCCAUUUAGAACACAUUUGUUUGGAUUUAUAGAAAUUUUAGAUAAAGGUUAUUAUAUGCCCUCUGAUUGCGACAUACCUUGUGAUAUGAUCUUGUUUGUAGGUGGUUGUGAGAUAAUUCUUAUUUGACUGUGAGAAAGUGAUUCUUGGGGGAAAUUAUUCAUGUUAGUGUUUUUUGUACCAGGGGGAAUACAAGUUCGGAAUGCAAUUGAAAAGAUAUGUAUCACCUUA